AUGUUUAUUAGAAUGAAAUCCAGCCUAUUGGGUGCUUUGGGAUCAUUUGUUACUGUGGUGUUGAUGUAUCACAUUCUCCAAUUGAGCGCACGAGAGACAUACGUGAGGUAUCUGGAUUCUACAGAGCUGACCAACUACACACUACUAGAGUCGUUAUUUUCAGUGCAAUCAUAUCAGCACAAUUUGAUUGAACCUGAAAAUCCACCACUACUACAAAGCACUCCGACAACGUUAGACCUCCAAGCGUAUGAUUUGGACAAACUCAAGAUGGUAUUUACGAUACCCAUACCUUCCAACAUCAGUACUACUGUCAUUAUAAAGUAUGAUUCACUGCCACUUGCCACUGCUCAAUUGGAUGCUCUAUUACGUCAAUCAAUGUCACCAACGACCAUCUACAUGGUGUGUUCCGAAAAGGAAAGACCUGCAAUUAGCAACCUUAUACAAGAGAAGGAGCAGCAAUUCCGUAUCGCCAAUGUGAUCCAACCUGUCGUCAAGACAAGAGAUAAUACCACACCUUGGUACAGUCAAGUUCGGCAACACGACAUUGCUACUGAUUUUGUAGUUCUCCUGGACAGCAACCACGUCUUGCCUGGAAAAGAGUACAUUGAGUUUGUAAUUCGCCUAUUACAUUCAGCAACAUUCAGAAAUACACUUGUCGGCACUGAAAACAGCAACGAGUGCCAGCAAACAAACAACGCGCAUUACGUAAAGUUGAUACAAGAUGUUUGGGUGUUACGCAGAGAGUGGUUCUUGGCAUUGUUGUUGUCUCCAUCGUCUCCAGUAGGGGAUGUAUCAUUGAAUUUAUACCAGACAUUGCAAAUCCCAUCCAUUGUGAUACCAAGCGACGGUGCUUUGGUCGGAAACGCGAAUAGAAAGACCAACAGCUGUGUUGACACUUCUUUGUCUGAUACGAAUGUGGAUGGUGCAAUGGCAUUUUACAUGGAGAACCAUCCGACAAGUGCAAUGGAGGCUUUGAUGUGUCAAUUUGGGGCUCAACAGACGGUAUACAUGAUGACACAUUCAGCUCAAGUUCACCUUCCAGCAUGCUCCGCACAAAAGACCAAUGUGCAGCGUCAGAUGGUAUCCUCCAGAAAAGAGUUUGGCGCCAUGGUGAAUCAAUUGGAGGUGCAGGUUAUCAUCUAUCAGGAGAAUAACCAGGGGAUUUUGCACGAAACAGGCACAGCAACAAUGAUCCGCUUGCCUGCCUUUGAGCACUAUGCCGACAUGGCCUGGAUGACUACAUUGCCACCUGCCACACUCAAACAUUGGAAUACACCGUCAGUCAAGUUGAUCAUCACCACCUCUGGAAGCAAGAAAUCAGCACAGGUCAAACGGAUAUUUAAUUCAAUCAAGAAUGCAGACUAUUUAGGAGAUCAAGUUGACAUAUCCAUCUUGAUGGACGAAAAGAGUGAUGGAUUGACCAGCAAAUUUGUAAAUAACCUGCAGUGGAGCAUUGGCAGCAAGCAGAUUCGUCAUCGUAUAUCAACGGUGCAUCCAAUGCAAGUGUUUGCAGAGGCUUGGUAUCCGUCCAGCGACCACGAAUAUGCUGUCAUGCUAGAUGACCGCGUGGAACUAUCAAGGUCGUUCUAUAUCUGGAUAAAGUACAACCUGUUAAAGUACCGUUAUUCGCAGCAGCAAACAACAAACAAACACAUCUUUGGUGUCAGUCUCUAUUCACCACGCAUCAUAGAUACCGAUCCAUCUGGACGCCUCUUAUUGCAGUCCACCUCCUCCUCAUCGGCCUCCCCUUAUUUGAUGCAAGUGCCCUGCAGUUCUGGUGCUCUUUAUUUCCCUCAACACUGGCGAGAAUUUCACGACUACAUCACUGCACGAUUGACCGAUCAGGCCAUUGUCAAAAGAGGGUCUGGAAACAAGCAUCUGUUCAAGGAUUCCCUUCUGACGGUAUCCAAAACAAACCGAUGGAUCAAUUCUUGGAGAAAGUACUUUGAUGAGAUGAUUUACAUGCGUGGGUACGUCAUGCUCUAUCCCUCCAGUCAGUCUAGCUACUCGACACUGCACAUCAAUUGGAACAAGAAGCAAAAGGCCAUGUAUCCAUCAGUCGACUCAUUGUACAAUGUGCCUCUGAGCCGCACAUUGCCAGCCUUACUACCGGAUGCUCAAGAUUUGCCUGUGCUAGAUUUACACGGCAAGUCAUCGGAUAUCGCUACUCUGAUCAGCAAGGGACGCACAUUGCAACGCAAAUUUAGUGCGUGCGAGCCAAGAAACGACACUAGCCAGUACGAUGCCUCGGACAUGCUGUGUCCAUUCAAUCAAUUGAUUCAAAUACCUAUAGACGAGUCCAUUGAAAGUGUUCCUAUUCAAUCAGUGAACAUCUACAUGUAA